ACGUUUUGUCGGGGCUGGACACAGCCCUGCGCUGCGUUCACUAGGUCAACGGUGUAUGACAACAGUUAAAAUUGUUAAAUGUUGUUAUUUUUGUUUUGUUUUUGCACACAAAAAGUAUUUUUCUCGUCACUUCAUAACAUUAAGGUUGAACCACUGUGUUGACUAUUUUAUGUCUUUGGUUCCGUCUUGCAUGUUGAGAUGAGCCGGAGAAAUUGUUCUAUCUUACAGAAUUAUUCGCUAAAAUUGUUUAUUUUUCCACUUAAAAGCUUAUUUUCCGCGCUGAAUAUCGUGCUAAAUGACUAAAAUUACGGGUUAAAACACCUUAGGAUCGAUAUUUUUAUGUGAGGAUCGAUCCUUUCGAUACAACAUCAGUAUUCCAGAAUCGUCCCUUCCCUCACGCUUAGCGACACAACAAGGAUCCUCCCAUUUGACCUGUCAUGAAUGGUUUCAUUUCUAUAGGCGCUUCUGUGGUAAAUGAUAUCCAGUUGUGAUUUGGGUGGGGUUUUCUGGGGUUUUGCUUGAGAAACGCUGGACAGUCACACAUCUGAGUGGUGGGCGACACAUUGAUGUAUACGCAAACGCGCCUUUUGUCUGGUCGACGUUUUCCUUGAACAUUUUUAAUAUGCUGCAAUAUUUCUUUGGACUUGUUUAUCUCUCAGCAGUUUUACUGUAUGUGGCUCUCACAGGGACACAUGCUGCUGAAUGUCCUCUUCAGCUCAACCCACAGAGAGUUGUUGUGGAGUACGGCGGUUCUGUGUCAGUUAACUGUAGCACUUCUGUCACGCAUCAAGGGAUAGGAUGGGAAGCCAGUGAGGGAGCAGUGCCCAAGAGCAGAGACAAUCUGAUCACAUGGAGAGUGUCAAAUCUGAGAGAAUGGGACAUACAGCCAUACUGUUACCUAAACUAUAAUGGACAGUGUCAAUUAGAGCUCCCAGUGACUAUUUACAAGACUCCAGACAGUGUGUUCAUCAGCACUGUGAAUCACAACGGACCAAUGAUGGAGGGAAACCAGUAUGAGCUUCAGUGUGACGUUCUCAAUGUGGCUCCUGUUCAGUAUCUCAUUGUCAAAUGGUACAAAGGACAGACUCUGGUGGAUCAAACCAACUUCACUGACACCACCAUAACUCCAGUGAAUAAAACAGUCACACUCCUGAUCCGUCCAAACGGAACUGAUGAUGGAGUUCAGUACAGGUGUGAAGCAGAGCUGGAACUGGGAGCAGAAGGACCUCGACCUCCCCCUAAACUCACAUCAAAACCUCUCAGUGUUGAAGUUUACUAUAAACCACAACACUCCAGUUCAACAGAGACCGUCAGUAAAAGCAAUGAGGUCACACUAAACUGUACAGUGAAGGCAAACCCGGCUCCUACAUACACAUGGGACUCUGAACAUCUGAAAGAGAAGAUCACCUCCUCAGUGCUCCCGUCCUCCAAACUCAGUCCAGGAAAAUACACAUGUAUCGCCACAAACUCUCGGGGAAGAGACAGCAAAGUGUUUAUCGUCAAAUCUACAGGCAGAACCACAUUCUGGGCAAUUGUUUUAACCGGUGUGGCAGUGGCAGUGCUGUUAAUCAUCUCUUAUGUGAUAUACAAGUGUUACAGUUCCCGGAAUUCUAUCAUUUGAUGGACUUGCAAGAGAUGACCUCAAAACGGGACCUUCUCCCCAGGGAGAUCAUGAAAAACUUGAUUAUUAUGGAUUAUUCUUUAAAUAAUUGACUUGAUUGUGCAUGGCUUGGGAUGUUUCAGUACUGUUACAAAACAGCACUUUUUUUUAAAUCACCAAAUUAGAUUUAUUUUUAUUUGUGUUUGUUCACUGAUUAUUCUGGUCCUAAUAGGAGAAAAUUAUGACUUAAUAAUUUUAUAUAACCACUCAUUAAAUAUUACGACUUAUUGUGGAAAUCCCAUUACUGUACAACACUAUAUGAAUGAUUUUGCCCUUACAUAUAUUGUCAUAUUUUAAUUUUGAGCAGCUAUUAUCUAUCAUAAUUAUAUUGGUAUGGUCACAUUUUUGGUGUUUAUGUUAAUUAGGUAAUGAGUAUGUACGGUAAAAUAUUUAAGUAAUGGAUGUCAUAUUACAUGCCACACAUGUAAUACUACUACUAAUAAUAAUAAUAUUUAAUUAGUCUGUUUCACAGAAUAUUUUUGUUUAGAACUGAAUGUUUUUUAAUACAGUCUUACAUUAUUUUUUAUACUGAGGUUGGUACAUCCUUUCAUCAAUAGGUUUGUUAAAAUUAAAUGUCUUUUUUUCGGUGUGUUUUUUUAUAAAACAUCAUACGGAUUGAUAGAACAUUUGUAUCUUGUGGUGCAUAAGUGAUCAAUUGCAUGUUAUGAAUGCUUUAAAUAUGCUAUAUUUCUUUCAACUAAACCUAACUGUAAUCCUAACCUUAACUAACUGAAAACUGCUAGUUAACUUAUUUAACUUAGGUAACUGCUGGCUAAUGAAUCUAGUUGUUUAGAAUGGAGAGGAUGAAACAAAGAUCAAUGAACUGAGAAAAUUAAUAUUGAUGUCAGUAGCCAACAACUUCAAUCACAGAUUGCAACAGAAAAGGAUGUUAAUGUAACUAACUAAUAUUAGGUACUAAUCAAGGGUGUUUUACAUCCCACAUUGUGGGUUCUGGACGUCAUAUAAAUAUUGGUCUAAAGUAUUGGAGAUGAAGUUGUAUUAAUUUCCUUUUCUCUUUUCCUCUUAUAUAAUGGCAUGAUGAGUUUAGUUGAAAACAGUGAUCACAUGGUUAAUUUCCACCAUAAAAUUGCUAAUAGGUAUGAUACUUCAAAAUGCACAGAUAAAACUAAAAUAGUUGAAUUAAGCGUUACAAUGUUGGUAGCACUUCACAAUAUGGUUGUAUACACUACAGAUAAGUUAAAGCAAAAGACAACAUGACAAUGUUAAAAAAGUAUGGGACCUAAACUGUUAAGUGUUAUUAAUAUUUUUUGUAUUCUGACUAUACUUCAUAACAUCUGAAUGUGUUCAUAAAAUGUUGUAGGACACACAAGUUGUUGUUUCUUUCUCUGAAUGUAUACUUGCAUUGCUUUUUUGUGUUAGUUUUAUUUUUGUGCUUUUGUGUUAUUUUAUUAUUAAAAAAACUGUUUGAAAUGUU